AUGGACCUCCACACGCUCGACGUCAAGCACGAGCAGAUCGGCGAUUGGGAUGAGGGCGACGUGCAGACUUUCUUCACCCACCUCGGCCUACCACAAUAUGAACCGCAAAUACGAGAACAUGGGAUCUCGGGCGACGCGCUAUGUCUUAUGGGCCCGGACGAGCUCAAGGAAUUCGGAGUCGCCAGCGUGGGGCAGCGGCUGCAGAUAUUGAAGGCCGUCUAUCAGCUCAAGCUGCUGCAUAACGUGACGAUUGACCAGGACGCCUAUGUUCCGCCCUCUGAAUCCGAUGGACGAGAAAGCCUGACCAUAGAUAGGCUAUACGACCUUCUGCGCGACCAGGACCAGCGCCUACGCUCACUCGAGUCCGACCACCGGCGCCUAAGCGACUCUGUGCACGGUGCACUGGACGACCUGCAGUCCAUCCGGUCCUCGACUGUCUCCACCGCUGCCUCAUCCACACACACGGCCGUCGAUAGUCCCGUGACCAGAACGGGCGCCUUCCAAUGGGCCAAAGUCAAGAACGGCAACGGCUCGUCCGACGUCGAGAGCCCCCAUCCAUCACCACAACGCGCCGAGCACACUGCCAGCUCCUCCUCGACGCCCACCAGCAAUAUCUCUCAAGGCACCGCUCAGGCACAGGCGACACCUACACCAACCACCACAAGUAGUGCGAACGGGAGCAGGAACGGGCCGCCAAGGCCGACGAGGCAAGAGAGCUCGGAUAAUCUCAAGAGUUUCAAAGUCUCGCUGGAGGAUCCGGCGUGGAAAGUCUUACCAGCCGCCCUGCGGAAAUACAAGAUCAACAACGACGACUGGCAGAACUAUGCCAUGUUCAUCUGCUACGGUCCACCUAACAACCGAAUUGAGCGGUGUCUGUCGUACGACGAGAAACCACUGCUCCUCUUCCAGAAACUCAAAGACGCGUCCAAAAACCCCGUCUUCAUGCUCAAACACAUCAAAGACAUCCGUUCUCCCAUCGCCGUCGCGCAGCAGAAGCAGGCCGCGCGUAAAGCGUCAAACGCAUCCACGACCAACCCUAAUACUUCCACCACAUCCACCUCCUCUACUUCGCGGACUGGGGCGCAGGGCCACGGUCGCACGCUUUCGCGCCCGCCACGACUGCAGGUUCAUGCGGCGCAGGCGUCUACGGAGCCACCGCUGAACACGGGCGGAAGCGCUGCCACAGGAUGGCCUGAACUCAUGAGUCCCGCCGGCGGUGAUUCUCGACCCGGAUUACACACAUCAGCAUCCAACUCCAACCUAAGCAUCAACGAGUCGGCGCCGAAGAGCGCUGUGGCGCCCGUUACGGCUUCCUCUGCUGGUGGUGAUGGACACGGGCGAGAUGGAGGGCACGGUGGGAAGGAGAGGGAGCAGCCUGUUGGAGGAGAGAAUGUCAGCUAUAGUGUGGCCAUAUAUCCGUAUAUGGCGGAGCAGGAGGAUGAGUUCGACGUUGUUGUUGGCGAUACAUUCGUGAUCAUCUCGCGUGCGCGCGGAUGGUGGGUUGUUCAGCGCGAUCCGCAGGGAACUGGGACGGUCGACAGCGAUCCAUCAAAGCAAGGCUGGGUCCCUGCGGGCUGUCUACUCGAGACACGUAUCCCGAUUGCACGGGCAAUCGCGUCCACCUCAUCCAACCCAUCUUCCAACCCAGGCUCCACUCCAUCCUCACCAACAAACGGCGUAGCAGGCGGCAUUAACGCCCGCACACCCAUCUUGCCGCUUCACAUCGUCUCGACGUCUUUCCCAGGCUACGCAUUGAUGGACUACAAGAAGAAGGGAGACGAAGAGCUCGAUCUGUCGAAGGACGAUGCGUUGAGGGUGUUCAAGCGGUAUAAUCAUUGGUCGUACGCUGUCAAGGAGGAUGGAGGAGAGCGCGGUUGGGUGCCGAGUUGGUACAUCGGAAAGGUCGCGGCGAGUGCACAGACACCCGCGACCCCGGCUAUCGCGGAUAGUCGGGAUAAGAGUGGGAUAUUGGGAGGAAGUGGAGGGGCCAAUAUCACGCUGGAUAGUGAGGCGGGCUUCGAUAGAAGUGCGGGACCGGGCGUGGGCGGUAUGCCCGCUGUCAGCCCUAUGAGCUCGGCAUUCCCGCCCCAGCAGAGCGUCAGCCGGACGUCGACCUACUUGUAA